GGCCUUGCCUCUCCGCCAUGUUGGCGCAGCCAGCGCUUAGCCGUCACCCGGCGCUCUCCUUUUCGCCGCCUCAGCACUGCCCCGUCAGUAGGCGGGGCGGUGCCGGCCGCCUCUACUUCCGAAGCGGCGGCAGGCGGGCAGGAGAAGCUUGACAUGGGGAAAAACAUAAUGAGGCUCCUCUGUACUUCAGUUUCUCUUACUGUGAUUUGCUGGCUAGCUGAAGGUACUCUGUCAAAGACAGAUGCAAAGAAAGGUGCUACAAAAAAACUAGAAGAAAAGAUACUGCAUUCUGAUAAAAAUGUGCAGGACAGGGGACUGGUAGUUGUGGAUCUAAAGGCAAAAGAUAUUAUACUGGAACACAGGAGCUAUUGCUUCAAGAAGAUGAGAGAAAGACAUUUCUCGGGAGAUGUUCUGGGUUAUAUUACUCCUUGGAACAGUCAUGGCUAUGACAUUGCUAAAAUAUUUGGAAACAAAUUUACACUAAUCUCACCAGUCUGGUUACAAGUGAAAAGGAGAGGGAAGGAAAGGUUCCAGUUCACUGGACUCCAUGAUGCUGAUAAAGGUUGGAUGAAAGAUGUCAGAAAAAACUCCAAAAACAUCAAAAUUGUUUACUUGAUAGUGCCUCGCAUUUUGUUUGAUGGCUGGACUUACCAGGACUUCGAAAGUGUUUUUGGCAGUGAGGAUGAGAUAGAGGAGCUUUCCAAGAGUAUGGUUCUGCUAGCCAAGAAUGAAAAUUUUGAUGGUUUUGUGGUUGAAGUUUGGAGUCAGCUGGGAAAUCAAAAACAGACGGAGUUGAUACACUUGCUCAUUCACCUUUCCGAGGCUCUGCAUGAAGCUCAUCUUAAACUCAUACUGGUCAUCCCUCCUGCAGUUGCAGCAGGGACUAACCAGCCAGGAAUGUUCACAAAGAAAGAAUUUGAUCAGUUGGCCUCAGCAAUAGACAGCUUCAGUCUCAUGACAUACGACUAUUCAACACCACAACGGCCUGGUCCAAAUUCCCCUCUUUCCUGGGUACGAGCCUGUGUUCAAGUACUGGAUCCUGAUUCAAAAUGGAGGAAUAAAAUACUUUUAGGGCUGAAUUUCUAUGGCAUGGACUAUUCUGCUUUGGGAGCCUCUGGGGAGCCAAUCCUUGGUAGCAGGUACAUUGAAACCUUGAAGGAGCACAAACCAAAAAUUGUCUGGGAUGAACAAAUUGCUGAACACUACUUUGAAUACAAAAAGAAUAAAGGAGGAAAACAUGCUGUCUUCUACCCAACACUGAAAUCCAUCCAGUUGCGCUUAGAACUUGCAAAGGAAUUGGGCACUGGAAUAUCCAUCUGGGAAAUGGGACAAGGCCUGGACUAUUUUUAUGACCUGCUUUAAAAUAAGAGAUGAUCUGGGAAAGACUUUAUUUGCUUUACUGAGACUCCACAUCAAUUAAUUUGGAUAGCCUGGAGAGGUAAUUUUUAAAACAUUUUUUGUAAUUUAUAUUGCAUCUGUAUUAAACUUGCAUUUUUCCCAAUAAAGAACCUUUUAUGAUUUGCCACACA